AUGGAAUUUACCAUUGGCAGCGCAAUUCAUGACGACUCAGGGGAUGACACCAUUCACAACAACAUCGGUGCUGUCGCGCUGGAUAUGUCUGAACACAGAGUGUCUCAACCACACAGAGUAUCAAGUUUUUCUGCUGACGAUGAUAGUUUGCCAAUUUCAAUCUCAGAAAUACUUGAUCCAAUGCCUCCGCAAAGAUCUCUCUCUGGUAAUCAUCAUCGUAUGUUCAACAAUAAUACUCUUGCUGACAAUCAUCGCCUGUCUAUCAAUAAUAAUAACUUGUCAAACUCGAAUAUACCAUCAUCGACAAUGUACGAACAAGAAUUGGAAGCAGCAGCCAUGCAUAAUCUUUCUAAACAAUUGACAGAGAAACAACGAGAAUUGGAACGAAAGGAAAUGGAAAUUCUACAAUUACAAAACCAAAUGAAGAGAACGGGUAGAAAGAAGAAUUUUCCAAUAUGUUGUCCAUUCAUACAUCACAACAUUAGUGGAAUUCCAAAUGAAUUCGGUCGUAGAAAAAUAACUUAUUUUGGUUUCGUAUCAUGGCUUUUAUUUUCACUCGUUUUGGUAUUGAAUUGUGUCACUGCCUACAUUACUGUGUUUUAUCCUCCAGGUUACUCACUAGAUGUUACAGACAUGAUGAAAGGUCAAUAUUUAGUAAUUUCCACAGCUGCCAUAUUUAUUCUACCACCAGUUCACUUCUUUAUCACUUAUUAUCCAUUAUAUAGAGCAAUGGAGACAGCAUCUGUUCCCAGAUUUAUUCUCUUCCUUUUUUGUUAUUUGAUUUCCAUUCUAUUUUGUUUGUUUGGCAUUUCUGGAUUUAUGACUUAUGGUGUGAGUGGUGUGAUGGCAGCUAUUUAUUACUAUCCAAAAUUACAAAUAUUUGGAAGUGUUCCAGGAUUUAUUUGUAAUGUAGUGAUGUCUUUUGUUUGGUUAUUAAUGGCCAUUGAUUUUAUUGUGAUUUUUAUUAUGGGAAUUGUUUCUUUCAAAAACAUUUAUGGUUCCUUGUCCAAGAUGAGAGAUUAUGGAAGAGGUUUUGUGAAUGAUGAACUUUGA